UUAACCGUCACUCAACACCUCUCCAUUUGUCUGUACCGGUGUGACAACUGUCACGUUGAAUGCCGACUGCCGAGGUCACGGGAAAGAAGCAUGGCAGCGUUGCUAAGAGGGUGUCGAAAUGUUUUGCGGAAAUGGAACAAACCUGUCAGCCCCACUGUUGUGUCCAUGCGGUCAAUGGCCUCAAAAACACCUGUUGGCUUUAUUGGUUUGGGAAACAUGGGCAGUCCCAUGGCCAAGAACCUGCUGAAAAAUGGGUACCCCAUAAUUGCUACUGAUGUCUUUCCCGAGUCCUGCAAGGAGCUACAGGAUCUAGGUGCCCAGGUAGUGGACUCCCCAGCAGAAGUGGCUGAGAAAGCAGACCGCAUUUUCACAAUGCUUCCCUCAAGUCCAAAUGUCGUAGAGGUCUACACAGGUCCCAAUGGCAUCCUCAAGAAGGUCAAGAAGGGCACGCUUUUGAUCGACUCUUCCACGAUCGACCCUGCCGUCGCGAAAGAGAUGGCGUUGGCGGCGGAGAAGAUGGGCGCUGUGUUCAUGGACGCACCGGUGUCAGGCGGUGUCGGCGCUGCCAGCUUGGCCAAGCUGACCUUCAUGGUGGGUGGAGUGGAGGAGGAGUACCACGCCGCACAGGAGCUGCUCACCUGCAUGGGAGCCAACGUUGUCUACUGCGGACAAGUUGGCACCGGACAGGCGGCAAAAAUCUGUAACAACAUGCUGCUGGCCAUUGCGAUGAUUGGAACCGCGGAGACCAUGAACCUUGGCAUCAGACUAGGAUUGGACCCCAAGCUUCUUGCCAAGAUCCUCAACAUGUCCUCAGGUCGCUGCUGGUCCAGUGACACAUACAAUCCCGUCCCUGGUGUCAUGGAGGGCGUCCCUUCUGCCAACAACUACCAGGGAGGAUUCGGAACUACGCUAAUGGCCAAGGAUCUUGGCUUGGCCCAAAACACAGCCACCAACACCAAGACGCCAAUUCCUCUUGGUUCCCUUGCACACCAGAUCUACAGAGUCAUGGGUUCACGAGGCUACGCCAACAAGGACUUCUCGUCAGUCUUUCAGUUCCUGCGCGAGGAAGAAGGACAGUGAGCACAAGAGUAUACACACGCCACAAGCUCACACCCGUUGCCCCUCGUCACACAAUACUCAGGAGAGACUACAUACUUGCACUUUGGCAGGUCUCCAGUCCAGUUAGUACACAAAAUAUACCGUCAUUGUUGUAGUCACGAGAGUCACUUCAUGACAUCGAAUGCCAGGAAAUGCUAAAACUGGCCUCAAAUCCAUAUGAGAGUAACAAAAGUACAGACGGACGCAGUUCAGGUUUACUUGUUUCCAUAUUUUUCCUCAGGACGGACUAUGAUAGUGACAAUUGUCGGUUUUGCCAGUUUUGUACUUCAAACUUGUUCUGUGCUACGUUUUCACUGCUAACCGAUUGGACCUGAUCCUCGUUGUGAAAUACUGUGAGAUUUAGAUGUCUUGUUGAGCACUUUAGGCACGUUGUACAAUGCUCAGGGGCGUUUGAUGUGACAAUCUACUUGAAUUUACCUCUUUGCCACUGCAGUGUUAUUCCAUGUCCAACACUGUUUCAUUUGUUCACCACAAAUGAAGGUCAACCUUUUUUUCCUGUUGUCCAUUUUCAAUUUGAAUUACAAGUUUUAAGCUGGGAACGGUUGGGUAAUUGCUGCUAUACGCAAAGCUAUGUAUGUUUCAAUAUUGUUGUUUACAAAACUAUUGAAGAUAAUGUUUUUUUGUUUUGUUUUGAGGUCAAAAUAAUUCUGUACAGUUUCUUAGCCCUGUGAAUCCUCAUAUUUGGAGCUAAAAUGUUCAUUAAAUGUAUUCUGUGUA